UGAAGACCAGCGGCGCGUCCCUGCCAGGCUCGGCAAGGAAUUCUGGCACCCCAGAUGGGACUUUUAGCAACAGGCCGUUGACCUUCCAGAUGGACUGCCCUGGUGGAGAGCCCCUCUCCUAAGGACAACUCCUCCAAGCCAGCUCCGUGGCCUUUGUCUACAGGGAGACCUCGACUGGAAGGGAGGGGAACUCACCCGCCAGCAAAGCACUCUAGUCAAGGAUCCACCGAGGAUAGCAGACGGGUCUUUAAUCCUGGGAAGGGUCUGGAACGCCUCCAGGCAAGUAUUGUAAAAGGGGAUACCUGAUCUCUUUUGGAUCAGAAGAGGGGAUUGAUCACCCCCUAGAAGACAAGGCGGCGUCCUUAAGUCUUCAAAAGGUAGGAUUCUGUGGGUGGUUAAACCAUCGCAUUUCCUGCAGAGUGACCGUUGGAAUGUCCGUCUCCUCAGGUCGGUGGUAGUGUGUUAGGGAGAAAUGGGGGGGGGAACCAGACAAAGAUCAGACACCGCUUCAGUGCAUGUUAGGAAAUUUUUAAAAGAGUUUUUCUAGGGAUUAUGGGGACCAAAGACCAAAUCCAGCCAUGUUAAAAAGAUUCUGUGAAUCUGAAUGGACCACCUUUGGCGUAGGGUGGCCCAAAGAGGGAUCGGUGAAUCCCGAACUCGUGGCACGGGUUCAUCAAAUUGUGACUAGAAGUGGUCAUUGGGACCAAUAUCCUUAUAUAGACCAAUGGCAGAUUAAUAUUGCAGAAAAGCCUCUAUGGUUAGCAAAGUGUCAGAUAGAAUGUGCUAAAAUAUAUUUGGCAAACCAAAAAGCCAAGCCUCAGACAAAAGCUAAAAUUUUGAGCCAGGAAGACAGGGAGGAAGUUGCCAGACCCCCUCCCUACGUUCCUAGAAGAGAAGAAGGGAGAAUACAUCAGCAAAUUCUACCCCCUCCGGUUGAAAGAAAUGAAGGUCCUCUUCAACCAGAAGCCGGUGUGGAAAGAAAGAUAAAAGAAGAUAAAACUGUUCAGAAAAAAGAACAGGACUUGAACAGCAAAAUAUCAGUUUCUAGUGGAACUAGAAGUAAAAUAGGGGUCAAAACAGAAGAAAUGAUAGCCCCUCUAAGAGAAGUCUUGGUCCCUGGACCAAAUAACACCAAUAUUCCAAUGCUUCAGUAUGUUCCCUUUACAACCACUGAUCUAUUUAAUUGGCAUCAGCAAUUUGGACCAUUUUCAGAAAAACCUCAAGAAAUAAUAGACCUAUUCUCCACCAUUAUUCAGACGCAUAAUCUCACCUGGGAUGAUAUGCAACAACUUAUUUCUACUUUAUUGGAUAUGGAAGGAAGAGAAAAAUAUAGAUUAUGGAAAUUAAAAGUACUUGCCCGCCGACACCCCGAAGGAGAAGCGAAUUCUCAGGCAAGCAGAAAUACCGAUGCAGUAGAAGAAAGACCAAACUGGAAUGCUAACGAUACACAGCACCAAACUUUGUUGCACAAUUAUCGGCUUUUGUGUUCAGAAGCCCAGAGAGAAGCAGCAAUUCGUCCUGUUAAUUAUGCUGCAGUAACUAGCAUUUGGCAAGAAAAAUAUGAGUCACCAACUGCUUUUCUCAGCAGACUGAUAGAGACUUAUAAAAUAAACACAGGUCUUGAUAUGGAGAUGGCUCAGAAUCGCCCACUCCUAAUUGAAAGAUAUAUCACCCAAAGUGCCCCAGACAUAAGAAAAAAGUUACAGCGCACAGAAGGGGCAUUAGGCAAAAAUGUAGCAGAGAUUAUGGAAAUAGCACAAAAGGUGUUCCAUAUCUGUGAAAAAGAAGAGGAGCAUAAAUCAGAUCAGAAAGAGAAAAAGAAAGUUGAAAUGUUAGCAGCUGCAUUGGGGGGGACAUGUAUUGGACCCAACCAAUGUGCCAUCUGUAAACAGGAAGGAAUGGCCAACCUAGGGGACAAUCUCACCAGCAUGAAAGAGGACGAGGAAGAGGAUUUAGAGGGACUUUCCAGAGAAGUUACAGGGGAAGAGGGCGUCCAGCCUAUCCCAGUCAGAUAGAAGAAAGAGAAGAAAACAUGAUCGGCCUAGCCGACAUGGAAUGGGGAGACUGAAGAGGACAGGGUUCUAUGGUCCCACCCUCGGAGCCCAUUGUUAAAAUGCGGGUGGGAGGACAGA